AUGUCCCUUGACCCACGGUGGCCUGUCCCCAUCCCUGUCACCUGCCUGUUCUCAGCAGAGCCCUCCUUUCUUCUAGGCAAUGAGGUUGAGGAGAACCAGAAGGUGAAAACCCAGUGGCCACGGUCAGCGGAUGAGCCAGGUGUCUACAUGGCCCAGACAGGGGACCCGGCGGCAGAGGAAUGGUCCCAGUGGAGCGUCUGCUCCCUGACCUGUGGGCAGGGCUCCCAGGUACGGACACGAUCCUGUGUCUCCUCGCCCUACGGGACGCUGUGCAGCGGGCUGCUCCGGGAGACCCGCACCUGCAAUAACUCGGCCACCUGCCCAGUGCCCGGCGCCUGGGAGGAGUGGUCCCCGUGGAGCCUGUGCUCGGUGACCUGCGGGCGAGGGGCCAGGACCAGGACGCGGCAGUGCGCGGCCGCGCGGCGCGGAGGGAAGGCCUGCGAGGGCCCCGAGCUGCAGGCCAAGCCCUGCAGCAUGGCAGGCUGCCCGGGGCCCCACGGCUGGGCCGAGUGCCGGGGGGCUCACGCCGACGCCCGGGAUUGCUCCAACCCCACCUGUCCCACAGACAGCAAGUGGGGUCCCUGGAACCACUGGAGCCUCUGCUCCAAGACGUGUGACACUGGCUGGCAGCGCCGCUUCCGCAUGUGCGAGGGCUCCGGUGUGCAGGGCUACCCCUGCGAGGGCACCGGCGAGGAGGUGAAGACCUGCAACGAGAAGAAGUGUCCAGCCUACCAUGAGAUGUGCAAGGACGAGUACGUCAUGCUGAUGACUUGGAAGAAAACAGCUGCUGGGGACAUCAUCUACAACAAGUGUCCCCCCAAUGCCACGGGGUCCGCCAGCCGCCGGUGCCUGCUGAGCCCCCAUGGUGUUGCCUACUGGGGUGUCCCCAGCUUUGCCCGCUGCAUCUCCCACGAGUACCGAUACUUGCAUCUCUCACUGCGGGAGCACCUGGCCAAGGGGCAGCGGGUGCUGGCGGGCGAGGGGAUGUCGCAGGUGGGGCGGAGCUUGCUGGAGCUCAUGGCCCGCAAGACCUACUACAGCGGGGACCUGCUCUUCUCCGUCGAGAUCCUGCGCAACGUCACCGACACCUUCAAGAGGGCCACCUACCCCCCGUCCGCCGAGGACGUGCAGCGCUUCUUCCAGGUGGUGAGCUACAUGGUGGACGCAGAGAACCGGGACAAGUGGGAGGAUGCCCAGCAGGUCUCGCCUGGCUCCGUGCACCUGAUGAAGGUGGUGGAGGACUUCAUCCACCUGGUGGGGGACGCGCUGAAGGCCUUCCAGAGCUCCCUCAUUGUUACUGACAACCUGGUGAUCAGCAUCCAGAGGGAGCCCGUCUCUGCUGUCUCCAGCGACAUCAACUUCCCCAUGAAGGGGCGGCGGGGGAUGAAGGAUUGGGCCCGCAGCUCCGAGGACAAGCUCUUCAUCCCCAGGGAGGUGCUGAGCCUGGCCUCUGCUGAAGCAGACGAGUCGUCCCACUUCGUCAUCGGGGCCGUGCUGUUCCGCACCCUGGGGCUGAUCCUGCCCCCACCCAGGGCCCCCCUGGCCGUCACCUCCAAGGUGCUGAUGGUGACAGUGCGCCCACCGACCAAGCCGGCAGAGCCCCUGGUCCUGGUGGAGCUCUCCCACAUCAUCAACGGCACGUCCCACCCACAGUGUGUCACCUGGGACUACUCAAGGACGGAAGCUGGCUUGGGAAACUGGGACACGGAGAGCUGCCAAACCCUGGAGACCCUCCCGGCUCACACCAAAUGCCAGUGCCGCCAGCUCGCCACCUUCGCCGUCCUUGCCCAGCUGCCCAGAGACCUGGCCAUGGACCCCUCGGGGACCCCAUCGGUGCCGCUGAUGAUCGGCUGGGGUGUCUCCUGCAUGGCCCUGCUGACCCUGCUGGUGAUCUACGCUGCCUUCUGGAGGUUCAUCAAGUCAGAACGCUCCAUCAUCCUCCUCAACUUCUGCGUCUCCAUCCUGGCCUCCAACGUCCUCAUCCUCGUGGGCCAGUCCCAGAUGCUCAGCAAGGGUGUGUGCACCAUGACAGCUGCCUUCCUCCACUUCUUCUUCCUCUCAUCCUUCUGCUGGGUGCUGACAGAAGCCUGGCAGUCCUACCUGGCAGUGAUCGGCCGGAUCCGGACACGCCUGGUCAGGAAGCGCUUCCUCUGCCUGGGAUGGGGGUUGCCAGCCCUCGUGGUCGCAGUCUCCGUUGGCUUCACGCGGACCAAAGGCUAUGGGACAGCGAGCUACUGCUGGCUCUCUCUGGAGGGCGGUUUGCUCUACGCCUUCGUGGGACCCGCUGCUGUCAUCGUGCUGGUGAACAUGCUGGUUGGCAUCAUCGUGUUCAACAAGCUCAUGUCCCGAGAUGGCAUUUCAGAUAAGUCAAAAAAGCAGCGAGCUGGGUAA